AUCAUCUCAACCUCGGUACCAUCUCUUCAUGCUCAUGAACUUGGAACAUCAUCAACCUCAACAUCGACGUCAUUAAUUUCACUCAAACAUUUCACUCUUCACCCAAACAUACUCAAGCUCAUACCAACUCAUACAUCACAUCUUGAGGAGAUCAUCGACCAUGUUUGAUCCUUCAGCUCCCCCGACAUCAUCAUGUCCCUUCUGCAUAAUCUCAUCCACCUUUGAGCCAUUCGACCCCUUAAAUCCACCACCAUCAACAUCCUCACUCAUCAACCCAGAGCUCGUAUCACCCGCCUCAUUCAUCGUUCUCUCAACGCCAGUCCUCGUCGCCUUCCUCGACAUUCUACCGCUAAGUCGCGGCCAUCUUCUUCUCUGCACACGGCCUCACCGUCCUAAACUCAGCGACGUGACGGCCUCUGAAUCCGCGCAUCUGGGCCGCUAUCUGCGCGUUCUAUCAAAAGCCAUGGCUCGUGCGACAGGCAUUGAAGAUUGGAAUGUGGUUCAGAACAAUGGAGCUGCUGCUGCGCAGGUCGUACCGCAUAUGCACUUUCACAUCAUCCCGAGGCCGGAGAUUAGAGCUAGUGGGAGGUUUAGUGAGAGCUUUACUAUGUUUGGGAGGGGGAGGAGAGAGGAGUUGGACGAUGAUGAGGCGGUGGUUUUGGCGGAGGAGUUUAGGCAGAGUGUUGCUGCUGUGAUGAGAGAGGAAGAGGAAGAGGAGAAGCAAAAAGAAAGCAAGGCUAAGCUGUGAGAGUUGAGGCUGCAUUUCUUGUUACCUUAUCGGCGUUUAGCGAUCCCGGAGAGAAGGUGGUUUGCCAAGUACUUGGCGGUCAAGAGAUUAAUAGAUUUCUAUACUUCUCAAUAUAAUACCCUUUGAUGAAGACACGUCUUCAUCGAAUUAUCACAUACC